UUUACAUCAGAACAUAAAGGGUUUUAGAGUUCAGACCACUUUCCCUUCUCGUUCCACCGCAACGACAUGGCCACAAGCCCCGACCAGGAACCCACGAACCUGGAGCGACAUGGAUCCUCGGAAGAUUCGGAGGAGGACGAGGAAGGAGAUGAUUGGAUAUUCGAUGUCGACGAUGAGGACGAAGACGAAGACGAGGAGUCCAGCCCGAGCUUCCUCUGCUUGUUCUGCGACGCCGUGCACAGCUCGUGCGCUUCCCUGUUCGAGCACUGCUCGUCGGCCCACCGCUUCGAUUUCGGCGGCAUAAGGAAGGCCUUGGGUUUGGACUUCUAUGGCUCGGUCAAGCUCGUCAACUAUGUUCGCUCGCAGGUGGCUAAAAAUCGGUGUUGGAGCUGUGGGUUGGAAUGCGUCUCAAAUCAAGAUUUACUGAAUCAUUUACAUGAAGCAAAUUCUUUGGAAGAUGUCAAACUUCAUGUAGACAAUGAUGAAUAUCUCAAUCCUUUCCUUCAAGAGGAUCCACUCUUGUACAGCUUCGAUGAAGACGAAGUGGGUGAAGAUGACCCUUCUUCUAUGUUAGUCGACAAAGAGGAAAUUGUGAAGGAGUUGAGGGAACUGGGUAUCUCCUUGAACUUUGAGUUGCCUGUUGACAUGGCUGCAUUAUCUUCUGAUCCUACAAAGGAAGGUGGACGUCCAGAUGUUGCAUCAACUUCCAACAGUAAAACAGACACAGCUGGUUCUAUGAAUUCCUGUAACCCCUUAAGCGGGGCAGCUUUUCUGCAGAAGGAAACAGGAAGUGAUCUGAAUUUAAGGGCAGAAGUCCGAUCUUCCAAUGGUAUUUAUGAAAAUGGGAAAGGAGGAAAUCGUUUGAAAAGGCUCACUGCAAACAAUGUCAGGACUGUGAACGAAAACUAUUUUGGGGCUUACAGUUCAUAUGGCAUCCACAGGGAGAUGAUAAGUGACAAGGUGAGAAUGGACGCGUAUAGCCAAGCUAUCCUGAGGAAUCCGUCUCUCUUCAGUAAUGCUGUUGUGAUGGAUGUAGGAUGUGGAACUGGUAUUCUAAGCUUAUUUGCUGCUCAAGCUGGGGCCUCAAGAGUGAUUGCAAUUGAAGCCAGUGAGAAGAUGGCUGGUGUAGCUACUCAGAUUGCAAGAGACAAUGGCCUCUGGCGGAGUGGAAGACCAGAUGGAUGUAAUGAUAGUUGCAAAGGCGUCAUGGAAGUUGUUCAUAGCAUGGUUGAAGAGCUUGAUAAAUCCAUACAGAUCCAACCUCAUUCUGUGGAUGUGCUAGUCAGUGAGUGGAUGGGAUAUUGCUUGCUAUAUGAGUCCAUGUUAAACUCAGUCCUUUAUGCACGGGAUCGAUGGCUGAAGCCAGGAGGUGCCAUACUCCCUGACACUGCAACUAUAUUUGCUGCUGGAUUCGGAAAAGGUGCAACAAGUAUUCCUUUUUGGGAAGAUGUCUACAGUUUCAAUAUGUCUUGCAUUGGCAAGGAAAUUGUCGAAGAUGCUGCUCGAUAUCCUAUAGUUGAUGUUGUGAAUGAUGGUGAUCUAGUCACUGAUGCAGUUGUUCUUCAGGCUUUCGACCUUGUUACAAUGAAGCCUGAUGAAGUGGAUUUUACGUCAAAUAUCGAGAUAGUUCCCAAAUUGGCUGGUCUAGCAGACAAAGAUGGCAAACCGACCUGGUGCUAUGGAGUUGUAUUGUGGUUUGAGACUGGGUUUACCAGCAGGUUUUGCAAGGAUUUUCCAACCGUGUUAUCCACUUCCCCAGCUACCCCUAAAACUCAUUGGGCACAGACGAUCAUGACGUUUCGUGAACCUAUUGCUAUGUCAUCGAGGAGGCCCUGUGCUGACAGGCUUGCUCCAGUUGGUACUGAUGCCUGUCCUGCCGAGAAAAUUCGCUUAAGAAUAAGCAUAGCACGUGCUCCUGAGCAUCGCAGCAUCGACAUAUCCCUGGAGGCUGUUGGUAUUGACCUGGAUGGUAGGAAGAGAAAUUGGCCCGUGCAAAUAUUCAAUCUAUGUUAGCAGUUGAAUUUGUUGAUUUCCUCAAGAUUCACUAGCCUUGUUCUCUCUUCUUGAAGCCUGGAAGGCUUGCAAUUUUGUCUUUAUAGUACCAAACACUUGGAUCAUUUUAGUUUUUCUGUUAAUUGCUCGAAAAGAGAGUUGUUAAUUGGGAAAAUGUGAAUGCCUUUCUAUUCACGGGCAUAUAAGACCUUGUCGAUAUGAAAUUUGAAUUUUACCAGCUUUAUAUUGA